UACCGGGAGAAAGAGCGAAACUUCCCUUCCUUCCUUCCUUCCUUCCGAAAGGUCUUCUCGUCUCGUAUGGCGGAUUGGACCAGAUCCGGCGCGUUGAUUCUUCGCCCCUGACUCCUCGCCUUCGCUCGUUUCUUCUUCUUCUUCUGCUGCUGCUGCUGCCGCUUCUUCGUCUUCUUCUUCAUCUCUAGGGUUUCGGCGGAACAAGCGAGUCCCGAUCGGUGCCACAUUAAAAGUCCUCGGGGAUAAUACUAAAGGUGAUUUUUAGCCGGUAUGGCUUCUAGGCGCAAUGUUGGGUACAGUCGUCUUCCUGCUGAUGAAGAUGAGGAUUACAACGAGAGAAUGGGAAUGAAAUAUGAUCCUCGGUUUGACUAUACUCCAAGAAACUUCGAUAGAGUGCCAUGGAAAUCCAUCGCCCUUGCACUUUUCUUGCUCCUUCUAGGGUCAUUGCUUCUCUUUCUUUCCAUCUUCAUCUUAACGGGUCACAUGGGUGGUGAGAAGUCCCAGGGAUAUGGCCUCUUAGUCCUUGGAAUUCUCACUUUUCUUCCAGGUUUCUAUGAGACUCGGAUCGCAUAUUAUUCAUGGAGGGGUGUUGAAGGUUAUCGCUUUGCUUCCAUUCCUGAUUACUGAGGCGUGUUCUCCCAAUGUGCUUACACAGCUGUAUGAUAUUGUUUUUGUUAACAGCUAAAAUUUGGUUCUAGACAAUUUUACUUGCACACUUAGACGGAUCAUUUGUAAUAUGAAUGCUAUGUUUGAUUCUAUUCGACAUGCAUGAGUAUAGUUUGGCUAA